AUGGGAUCGUCUAGUAAUCCAUUACCUUCCAAAUCUCGCAUGUUGGUCCUCUGCUUCGACGGAACUGGCAACGAAUAUGACGGAGAAAAUACAAACAUAGUCAAGUUCUUCGCAAUGCUGCGGAAGGACUGCGAUGACGAUCAAUUGUGCUAUUACCAGACUGGCGAUGGCACGUAUAUGCCUCCUGGAAUAUGGGCAGGUUUGAGCAUGCGGAUCGCGAAACUCGCAGAUGCUGCGAUUGCCUGGUACCUUGAUGCCCACGUUAUGGACGGAUAUAAAUUCAUAAUGAAGAAUUACCGUCCCGGUGACAAGAUUUCCAUCUUCGGGUUCUCACGCGGAGCAUAUACAGCUCGUGCUUUGGCUGGCUUCCUAACGAAGAUCGGUCUACUCCCGCGAGACAAUGACGAACAAGUAACGUUCGCGUACAAGAUGUACCAGCGCACGGACAAAGAGGGGCUCAUCUUGGCCGCCGGAUUCAAGGAAACGUUCUGUCGUCCUGUCAAUAUCGAGUUCCUUGGCGUUUGGGAUACUGUGGCCAGUACUGGAAUAAUCACAACCCAAGACCUACCGUUCACGACGAACAACAGUAUGAUUAAGACAUUUAGACAUGCACUCUCCUUGGACGAACGUCGCGCGAAAUUCGUACCGACUUUCUGGACACUUUCAACUCCGCAGCCGCCGAAACCGAAACCAGGCCUAGGUGCCUCACCAGCUGCUGUAGCAUCAUCGGCAAAAAGUUUUGGUAAAGCAUCCGAAGCAGCAAACCAUCCAGAAGGUGCUUCGGACGCUGAUGCGUCAUGGUGGCGUUUCGGCAAGGGCGAGGUCAACGGAGUUCAUAGCGCGUUCAGUUCACAGGAAAGCAAUCUGGAUACGACCGACGUCAAGCAGGUCUGGUUUGCCGGCUGCCACAACGAUGUGGGUGGAGGUGCUGAGAAGAAUCCCGUGAAUGGGACGCUCGCUGACAUAUCUCUGCGCUGGAUGGUCCGUGAAGUCGUUGCCUCACAAUGUGGCAUCCAAUUCGACAUAGCUGUGAUGGCACUUCUCAACGUGCACGUUUCACCUCUUGGAUCAGGCUACUUCUCCGCAGACAUAAACGGCUCGGCCUCUCCAGGCCCGCGUCCAUCCGAGGAAGACUGCACGGCUGACAAGGUCGCCUCAACUAAGCCGCUGCACGAUGAACUGCGACUCGACCCACUCUGGUGGAUCCUCGAGCUGAUACCGUUCCCGUUCACAUGGCAAGACGCAAAAGCAAAAUGGCACAAGAAAUGGGAAUGCCAUCUCGGGAGGGGGAGAUACGUGAAUACAUCGGGUCCGUUACUGUUCCAUGAGACGGUACGAAUGCGGAUGAAUGAUACGACGCUUCGGUAUACACCGCGUGCGAUAUACGAGAAAGGGAAGGAGUCCUACGUGUGGUGA